AUGACAUCAUCAACGCCAUAUUAAAGUGUUGCUGCAAUUCUGUCAGGGACGCUGUUAGCAGCCUGUUUUCAGGAGGAUUCGGAGGAACUAGCUAAGUAGCAAUAAAACCAAGACCAUGGAAAUCGACACACUUACAGGAGCUUUUAAUGAUUUCGAGAAGAAAGGGAAGAAAGACACGUGCCCUGUGCUGGAUCAAUUUUUGUGUCACAUUGCAAAAACUGGAGAUACAUUGAUCCAGUGGUCCCAGUUUAAAAGCUACUUCCUGUUCAAGCUGGAGAAGGUGAUGGACGACUUCCGAGCGUCGUCUCCAGAGCAACGGGGCCCAGCCAACCCCAAUGUGGAGUACAUUCCCUAUGAUGAGAUGAAGGAGAGGAUACUGAAGAUUGUGGAUGGGUACAAAGGGAUCCCCUUCACAAUACAGCGCUUAUGUGAACUCCUUACUGAGCCGAAGAGAAACUACACAGGGACAGACAAGUUCCUGAGAGGAGUGGAGAAGAAUGUGAUGGUGGUCAGCUGUAUAUAUCCAAGCUCUGAGAAAAAUGGGUCAAGUAACAUGAGCCGAGUGAAUGGGGUGCUGUCUGGGAAUUCAUCCAUCUACACAGACAGGAAUGUCAAUGGGCCCGGCACUCCCAGGACCCUGAGCAGACCCUCUGCGAAGUUCUCUUUAUCGAGGCCAGCGGCCACCAAUGGCCUUCCAGAUAGCACAGAGAGCAAGGACUCGCCCACGGAGUCAACAGAGAAAGCCCUCAGUGAUUCGUCAUCGUCAUCGUCGUCGUCAUCGGAGGCAGACUCGUCCCACUGCAGCCCGAUGAAGAACAAGCACCUGGCAGAGGAUGAUGAUGACUCUCCCGAGGCCGAGAGGCAGGAAGCCAAGAGGCUCAAGUUCGACAAGGAUGAGCUGGAGGAGGACGAGGAGGAGGAGGAAGAAGAGGAGGAAGAGGAGGAAAAUGAGGAAGACGACGAAGAGGAAUACGAGGAAGGAAAGUUCUCGCCGGAUCCCAUCGCACCGGAGGACUCUUCCUCCUCCAACACACCGCAGUCUUCCACGGACGUCACCAACCCAACGACAGAGAGCAAAGCAGCGGAGGAGAGCACCUCUGAUCAAGAGCCAUCCAGCACACAGAGUGAGCCCCUGGAGAGUGCAGACAGCAAAUCGGAGGGGGAAGCCUCCCCCGGGCCGGCCGACAGCAAGGAGAGCGGCGUCAAAGCGGACCAAUCGGAGGAGCCGGCUCCGUCUCCGGCCGCAGGCCCAGGGGCGGAGGAGACGCCGGAGAGUAGCGGAGACCCCGUCAGCAGCAGCAGCAGCAGCAGCAGCAGCAGCGGCGGUGAAGAGGAGACGACGUCUGUGGAGUCCUCGGCCCGCGCUGGCCCCAGCAGCCCAGCAGAGGGCAGCGUGAGCGUGAGCACGAGUGCGGUGGGGAGCAGCUUGGACAGCUCAGAAACGCCGUCAGAGGAGCAGAUGGACCAGGACUAGCGCGCCCGGGCAGGAGCAGAGACCAGGCCCCUCUGCUCACACUGUACUGACAAGUAAAAGCCAGACGUUUGACCAAUACCAGUGGACCUCUCAGCAGCAAUGCCUCUCCCUCCCUCCCUCUGUGAAAUGAUGAAAUGGGGAGACAGGGGAGCUAGUUUUGUGGCUGUCCAGAGGACUUGCCUCUGAUGUCCACAAUGCACAAACAGAGAUUGUUUUUUUCUUUUUCCUUUUUCUUUUCCAGUUUGUUUAAUUUUGGACCUUUUUUCAUGAUUUUGAAGCCCUCUGCAUUCAUGUACAUAUGAAGCCUUUCUCUCCCUCCCGUGGCUAUGAUGUCCAAGUUGAGGCCACAUGCUUUUUGUGGGGAAUAGAAGAAGACGAAAAGACUGAAGUGGGAAUGUCUUCAUGAUCACGUUUCUCUGCAAGCGCUCAUUCUUCCCUCAUGAGUUUGUGUCACUGAAGUUAUGUCGGCCGGAGGUGAAUGCCUUUGUCUGCUCAUUAAUGGGACCAAGGAAGUGUGGUCCAUCUCCCAUCAGUGUCUCCCGUCCUUGGCAGAAAGAGCAGUGAGAAACAUUCCAGGAGUGCGCCCCAGUCUAACACUGCCCUCUGCUGGGAGAAGCCAGCCUGUGCCACAGCAAGCCCUCUGCUCAACCUGUUCCACCUCCACCAUUAAAAAACAAACAAACAAAAAAAAUGCCCUUAUGAAAUCAUGCUUGUGACUUAAGUUUUAUUUGGUUUGAAACACUAGUUGUCAAUGUUUUAUCUUCUUUGUACGUGACAACAUGGCAGUAGGGAGAGACCAUGCUUCGCCAACAGUGCCCGUACCUGGAGACUUACCAGUGUUUUGUCCUCUCUUUUCUACGUGCAGUCCUUUGCUAUAAAGAAGUAGCCUAAUUUAACACGUUACCUUGUUUUUAUUCCAGUUUAGAUUUGAGUCGGUUACCAAGCCACUACUGAAUCACGUGAAAGCAUCAUUUUAUUUUUGGUGAGCCAUUUUUAGUGUCAAAUGAAUUGUUUUAACAUUAAUUCACUCAUACUUUGUCUUUAUUUUCAUUUAUUUUAUGUUUAGGCUGUUGCAUCUUUUACCCCAUUUCGGCAACUCCUUUUUGAUAUUUAGAAUUUUUAAAUUUCUGUAAAGUAGAUUUUGUAGAUUGUAAUACGUGUUCACUGCUUUUUGUGAAGGUUUUAAAACACACAAAAAUCAAAAGAUUUCUCUGUAAAUUGAAUGUUUGGGCUUUCAAUACAGUAUUCAUAAAAAGCAAUAAAUGUUGACAUUUGAGAUUUGA